AUGUGGCAAGCCGGGGGCGGGGCCGACGGCGGCGGUGGCGUGAGCACGAACGAGGGCAAGCGGGGAAGAAAGGUGGACGAGGACGCGAUUCGGGACAACCGGGAAAAGGCCGGCAGAAGGCAGCAGCAGGAGCGUGUUGCGGGUCUCGGCGGGGGCAACACGAUCCUCUUGUUUGUCGGCGGCCUCAGCUCGUCGUCCACGCGAGACACGGCAGGGGAUGCCUUCCUGCUGGCGGUGGAAAUGUUGAAGGGGGGCAAUAAACAGGUCCAGGAGCAUUUCUACGCCGUGCUGCGGGAGUCUCGUCAAGACGAGUACUUCUUCGAGGCUGUUACCAACUUCAUUCGCGCCUCGGUCACACGCCUCGCCGACUGCCGCCGCCGGCGUCUGGUCCUGAAACGCCGGGGCGCCGCCGAGAAGAAGGUGGCCCAGAUCGCGGCCGAUAGUGUGCGCCCCGUCGACUUGCCGAGGACGGGGAGGCGGCAAGGCGGCAAAUGGAAGCAGCAGCAGCAGCUGCAACAACAGCUGCAGCGGCGGCUGUUUCAGCAGGGCCGGUGGAAGCAGGGCUGGCAGUUGCGGCAGACGCCCGGCGGCGGCGAAAUCGGAACAGACAGCGGCGAUCGAGGCCAACUUCGCCACAGCAGCAGCGUCAGGGUCCGUAGGGGAGGCGGAAAUCCGGCGAUGGACAACGGGUUGUCGUCCUCCUCUCCCGAUAAUGAUGACGACGACCCUCUCGAAUUGUGUGAGGCCGCAAGCCUCCCGGCGCCCAGCCUGGAGACGGCCUUUCUCAGAAGCGGCCAGGCGGAAGGCGAGAAGAGCCGCAGGGGGCGCGGCGACCGCCGUUCCUCGUGGGGUUCGACGAGGUCAUUGCCUCCGCCAUCGUCGCCGUCAUCGUCGGUUUCGUCCCGGUGUAGAACGUCGGCCGUGCAGGGGGCGGCGGCGUCGAAGGCUGCCGCGGCAAGGGCCCCGACUGGAUCGACGCGGAGGCAGGCCAAGGCGACCAUCGCCAACAUGUCCAUCACGGUGGUCGAGCCGGGCACGGUAGGCAGCGGGGAAGGUGGCGGGUACAGCGGGCCGGGGGCGCACGGAGAAGACCAGACGCCGCCGGCAGCGCUUCCCAUGGCCGGCAUGGCUGCGGGAGAGGGAGAGGAGGAGGUGGCGAGCCUCUCGGCCCUGAUGGAGUUCUUGCGGCUGCUGUGCGAGAACCACUACCUCGACAUGCAGGACUACAUGAGGAGACAGCCGGACAACCUACGCUCCUACAACAUGGUGACGGAGGUGUGUGCGCUGCUGCAGGGGCUCGAGUGGGUAACGCUGGACGACGUGCGGCACUGGGGCAUCGACGCCAGGACCAUCGACCUCGCAUUUACGGUGGUGAGAACCUUGGUGGAGUUCGCCCAGGGCAACGAGGGGAACAAGCGAACGAUCGCAACUCCUAGCCUGACAGGCAGCAUCAACGACCUCUUCCGGAACAGGUUCGACGGCCGCGACCACGGCGACUCGGUACUGGCGGCCCACCAGAGGGGGGAGUGCAGGACGUCCCCGGCCCGCUUGAAGCACCAGGCGUUCGUGCUGUUGUACUCUCUGAUCGAGGGGUGCCACGAGGCAACCGUCCGUGUUCUACACCCUGCUGCACACCCUGGACUUCGAGGCCAUCCUUGGGGUGAUGCAGGACGCUCGAGAAGCCUUUGCGGUCGCGUCGCGGGACUACAGGUGAUGAAGGAGAGAACGUACUUGAAGCUCAGGAGGGCAAGGUGGCGAUCGGGAGUGCUGCUGGUGUUCGAGGGCUGGAAACGCAAGCUGAAAGCGGCAACGGAGGUGAACACAAACUUUCUGAAGAGCAGUGGGAGUCAGCUAGGCGGGGCUGCAGCACGCCGGUCCUGUUCCUACGGGCUCUCUUUGAUGGGGGCAGGGCAGACAGCCCUGAGAAGUGCGCCGAGGAAGAAGUUCGAGUCCUUUCUGAACGAGUGGGAAGGCGCUGUCCGCAGCAUCGAGAUCAAGCGGGAAGGUCGUCUGGAGAAGAUGUACUUCGUCGUGCCGGAGUGGUGCAGGGCUCACUGGAAGAAAACCCCCGUGAUCGAAAUGAGGGAGCUAAUGAAGAAGCGCUGCGCUCGCGCGACGUCAUCUCCGGGCUGGAAACUCCUCAAGUUUUACCAGCAGGGAGAGGGUAUGCUGAGCCAGAUGGCCUACCUGCACACGCUCCAAGCCUCCUCGCUGCACGUCGUGACGGGGAAAGAGGAGAUGUGGAGCGCCCUGACGUUCCUGCUGGCGCUGGCGAUCAAUCUCUCCGACAUCGCCGCCUCGGGGGAGAGCGAGAAGGAAGGGGAUCGCGUCUACUUGGCGGGCACGGUGUUAGGGGGCGCGCACUUGGUGAUCUCGUGCUUUCGCCUGGUAGCCUUCAUGUACAACCGCCAGCAGAAGUGGCUCUACGAGCAGAUCCUCCCGGACCUCGCGAUGCUCCGGCGCGUGCUAAGACUGGGCCCCCAGCGAGGCGGCGAGGACGUCUCGCCCCGAGGCCAAGCCGCUCGCGGCGACAAGCAGCAGAUCUCGACGAGCUCCGCGGGGGUGAAUUCAGCCGCGACGCCGCUGGUGCUUUCGCCGUCUCCGUCCCACGAUGUGACCGACCCGGUCGGCGUGGCGGCCCCCCUCAGCCAACGCGGCGGAGGCUUCGCGGAUAUAAGGGGAUUAGCAGGGGGCGGAGAAGGCACGAACGCCCCCGGGCUUCGGCGCGGCGUACACCACCGGAUAUUGAGGCUCGCCAAGGAGUACAGCCAGGACUCCUACGACUCCAACGGCAGCUGGGGAGGAGGAGGGUGGGGAAGCGGCGGGGGGAGCAUGUCUUCGUACGACAGCAGCAGCAGAGGCAACGACAGCGAGGACAGGGAGGAUGCGCAGAUGCGCGCGUGGGGGGGCGGUGGUGGCGGGGGCGGGGGUCGAGGCGUGGGCGGUCGCGGGAAGGAGGUGGGCCGUGUGGACCGCUUGACCCGGAUGGCGGUCAUGCUCAGCUCGUCGAAGUGGAACGUGCUGUACGUCCUCGUGUCCCUUGUUGGGUUCAUCCUGUCCCUGAGGUUUGAGUUCAAGGGGCGUAGCGCCUGCUACGCCUUCUGCCUGCUGGACGUGUCCGUGCGCUAUAGGGCCAUGCACAGGGUUCUGCGAGCGGUGUCCCAAAACUCGGCGAUGCUUUGGCAGACGGCGAUGCUGGUGGUGGUGGUGCUGUUCAUCUUCGCGGCCGUGGGGACGGCCUGGUUCGAGGAAGACUUCGCUCUAGCGAGUGCUGUCGAGGCGGUGGGGGACGACGACAGUGCGGAAGGCUUCAGCGGGUGUAGCACUCUUGGCGAGUGUUCCAUCACGCUGUUCCAGUACGCCCUGCGAGGAGACCUGGGGACUUACCUUUUACUCAUGACUGACCAAGACGAACCCGGGCAUCGCGUCCGGCGCUUCUUGUACGAUGUGGCGUACUGGGUAUUGGUGCCUCUGCUGCUGCUGAACAUGGUCUCCGGCGUCAUCUUGGACAGUUUCGCGCAGCUGAGAGACGAGGAAGCGGCGCUUACGGACGAGCUCAAGAGCCGAUGCGUGGUGUGCGGCAUCUCUCGGAACGAGUUCGACCGGGGGGGUAACGUCUUCUACGACCACGUCACGCACGAUCAUUGCAUGUGGAACUACGUCCUAGUGCGGGCGUACCUCAACUUCAAGCCCGAAUUAGAGCACACGGGCCAGGAGUCCUACGUCCACAGGCUGCAGCGGGGGGGACCAGAAGGUGUCCCGGACGUGCGCUACUUCCCGGUCGGCGAGGCGGGAGUGCUUGAAAACGCCUCCUCCAGAGGGGGCGCUAGGGGGAGCCGAGGCGGCCCGAUGGGGGAAGAGGGUGUGGUAGACUGGUGAAUUGGCGCGGCUCCUUCCGGUUGGGUGGCUGUUUUGGUUUUGUCACUUUUUUUCGAUCAGCCUGUUGGCUCGAUCCCGCGGUUUUGGUUGUUUUUUGGUGGCUUUUUUUUUGGGGGGGGCGACGUUUCAUGCGUCAGCCGUGAUGUUUUCGUGCUUUCUUGCCGGAACUAGGACAAAACACGUGUUUUGUUGUCGUUGUGAUGUGCGCGGCUGGCUGUGUCAAGGGGAGAAGUAAGGGGGUGGGAGAUAUACCGUGAGAGAGGUACAAGAGGAUUAUUGAAGGAGAUACGAACAGAGAGCGGGGGGCAACGACAGAGGCAGAGAGACAAGACUGCUUCCUACAGGUGACCAAACCUUCACUUCUGCGUUCGCUGUAGAAUGUAUGGCUCUGUUGAAGUAGAAGUUCCUCUUCGAACUGAUCAUGGGAGAAGGCAGGGUUGCAGGUGACCUAGGUUAUGGUUGAUGUAAAUGAAAUACAAGGAGAAACGACGAUAUUGUCCUCGUACUUUGCUUUAACAUGUGAUUGUAAGAGCUCGUGUUCACACGCGCGGCGCGCACCAGAAACAAGUGAGGUGUUGGAUGCGCCAGCGACGGAUGUUGUUCCCUCUGGAACAUGUUUUUCUAUGUCUGGUAGAUGCUAGGUCUCCCCUCGCGAUGGCAAAGAUUACGUUCUUUGCUGUGUUUAUUCUUUCCUUGCGGGGGACGGCGCUGACCGAAUGGAGUCUACUAUUCAUUCCUCGGCUUUUCUUUUUUCUUUCUUUCACUGUGUGUACUAGGAAAAAGAGGCAGAAGAAUGAGUUUUUGUGAGUGCGGCUGCUGCCCACGUGUGCACUAUGCUUUCACACACGCCGCGAUUUUCGAAAAGCGCAUGUACAGGUUAACGUAGUGCCUUGGAGGCACACGGGAAUUUUUCACCCCGCCUCGUCCGUGACCGAAGGGUUCCUUCUUCAGUUGCAUACGAAGUACAUAAGAUUAGGUUUGCAAUCGGUCCAUGUCGAAUUCGUCUCGAAGAAUGCUCGAGAAUACCUGGUGAAUGUGGUGUCUGUCAGGUGAGGUGGGGACAUGGUUGCCCUAUCUCUGAAGCAAGUCUUUUGCCCUAUGAGUGUUGGUAGCCUUACCGUUUUCGUCUUGUGGGUUGUUUGUGGGUGGUUGUGUGACCUCGUCCGUUGAUACCCUCUUGUAUCUUGUAUAUUCAGUCGUGCUGUUGUUGACACCGAGGCAUAAGUGACUGAUGUAUAGUCUCUUCACUUCAUUUAGAAAUGUUUCGUUUCAGCGACCAUGUAAAGAAGGAGCACACUGCGUUUCACUGUCGAUACCUCCCCAAAGUAUUUGAGAAGGUUCCGUCCUGCUGCAAUCC